AUGUCUCGUUCACCGAAAGUUUAUUUAACACGACGAGAGACAUUUUCUGCAUCACAUCGACUUCAUUCUACACUAUUGUCUGAUAAUGAUAAUAUUCAGAUAUUUAAUAAAUGUAAUAAUCCAAAUGGGCACGGUCAUAAUUAUGUACUUGAAGUAACUGUUAUUGGUCAUAUCGAUGAUAACACAGGCAUGGUUAUGAAUAUAAGUGAUCUCAAAGAGCUAAUUCAGAUCUAUGUACUAACAAUACUCGACCACAAACACCUUGAUUUAGAUGUGGAAUAUUUUCGUACAAAAAAUAUUGUUAGUACUACAGAGAAUUUGAGUGUUUUCAUAUGGGAACAAUUGUGUUCAAGAAUUCAAAAACAAUAUAAUAAUCAUGUGCAAUUAUAUGAAAUAAAAUUAUAUGAGACAGAAAAAAAUAUCGUUACAUAUCGUGGUGAAUAA